UAUGAUGGCAACCGCAGGUUGACAACAAGUCAAUGCUGGAUUGUAAACUAUUAAAAGUUAGGGCUAAAACCGCGGUGCGGUAAAUAAGGUGAAUUUAAGAGGUUGAGCUCGUGCACACUUGAAACACACACAAGCGCGCGUUUUGGGGAAGGGUAAGUUAACGUAGCUUCAGUGAGUCCAAGUGACACCCGAGUGUGAGUGAGACCAUCGUGUGUGCGUCCUGCUCUAACUUGACUUCUCACGUCAACCCACGCUCUUGCUUCUUCCCUGGGACAACUGUGAACAAGAAACAGUCGCCGAAAUGAAAUAUACGCAGGAGAGCCAACCGACUUGCACACGUUAGCAGAUGCUUAGUGUGCUAGCUGCUAGUUAGCCCAAAGUGCUGUUGCGAGCUAAUGUCAACAGUCAGCUUCCAAAGAGACAGCUGCACUCCACAAUGUUUGCUUGAUUUUUGAAUUUCGCUGAGCAGUGGCACUAUGCCCGCAGCUACUGUGGAUCACAGCCAAAGAAUAUGUGAGGUAUGGGCCAACAACCUGGAGGAGGAGCUGAAGAGAAUUAGACAUGUCAUUCGAAAAUACAACUAUAUCGCCAUGGACACAGAGUUUCCAGGCGUAGUCGCCAGACCGAUAGGAGAAUUCCGAAGCAAUGCUGAUUAUCAGUACCAGUUAAUGCGCUGCAAUGUGGAUUUGCUCAAGAUAAUCCAGCUGGGCCUCACCUUCAUGAAUGAGCAAGGGGAAUAUCCUCCAGGAACAUCGACAUGGCAGUUCAAUUUUAAGUUUAACCUGACGGAGGAUAUGUACGCACAGGACUCUAUUGAGCUCCUGACAACUGCAGGGAUUCAGUUCAAGAAGCUCGAGGAUGAAGGCAUCGAGGCAUUGUACUUUGCGGAGCUCUUGAUGACUUCAGGAGUAGUACUGUGUGAUGGGAUCAAGUGGCUGUCAUUUCACAGCGGCUACGAUUUUGGAUACCUAAUCAAGGUUCUCUCCAAUGCCAAGCUGCCUGAGGAAGAGAUUGAUUUUUUUGAGCUUGUUCGCUUGUACUUUCCAGUCAUUUAUGAUGUCAAGUACCUCAUGAAGAGCUGCAAAAUUCUCAAGGGUGGAUUGCAGGAAGUAGCUGAGCAGCUGGAACUCGAGAGGAUCGGACCACAGCAUCAAGCAGGCUCUGACUCUUUACUUACAGGCAUGGCUUUCUUCAAGAUGAGAGAGAUGUUCUUUGAGGAUCACAUUGACGACGCAAAGUACUGCGGCCACUUAUAUGGGCUUGGCUCAGGAUCAGCCUACGUCCAGAAUGGAACAGGGAACGCUUACGAAGAAGAAGCUAACAAGCAGCAAUCUUGACAUCAAUCCUCGCACCAUACUGCACUUGGCGAUGCGGCCAGAGGCCGAGCUUGGACAACCGGAGGAUUAGAACGAUAAUCACGGAGGAAUCGCUUCAUUCAGCCAGCCUGUUUGUCAUUGGUUCUGCUUGUGUCAGACAACUGAAAUGAUUGCUAACAGUGAGACGUACUACACUUUGCCUCACACGUGACACAGCUGCGCUGGUGUGAGCUUAAUCAAGUACUCCUGCAAAACAUCUGGUUGGUUCAGUACCAUUUAACAUGCUUGAAAAAAAAAGAUGGGAUUUUAGUUUGACUAAAAUAAUCUGUAGAAUUGUUUUGCACUUUAAAGCUCUAACUUGAUUUUAUAUGGAAAGUAUGUGCCCUGACGUCUCUCUGCUCUCGGUUGCUUUCUCCACGUUCACAUUUUACGCGGAGGAACACGCAGCGCUGACUUAAUGUUCUAACAUUUUGCCACACUCAGCCUUAAGAUUAGCUGCAUUCUUUUAAACGUUUAAGUUAUUGUGCCAGUUAUGGAAAAAGAUACACACUCCUACGCUAACAUACCACACUUUACCUUAUUGCCUCAAAAUGAGAAAAGGAGCUCCUCGUUGGGUGUGCUCGUAGGCACACAGAUGGGAAGUCCUGUCAUUUCUUUGCUUGUUUUGUUAUUUCCACCUCAACACUCCCAUGUGAGAAGUCUGUAUUCCAGGAUAAUACAGUUUUUGCAUGUGUGCAUCCGAGAAAUGUUGAAGCCGAGAUUGGAUUUGGUGUGCACAUAAAUGCUCUCUUUUUACGCUCGCUCGUGAUUGCAGUCAUGCUGUUUGCCCACACGGUGUCGCACUGAUCUCCCAAGUCAAAACGUAGUUCAAACAAACUCACCUGAUGUAGCACAUGUAGAGGUCAUCAUGCUGGAGUACUCUGUUGUGGGUACAUUUUCUUUUGGUUUAUUUUAAUGGAAGUUAUUUUGGUAGAGUUUUAGUGUUGUAAUAAAAUAAUUUUCAAAAAACAAACACUUUUACUCCUUUGGAAAACAUCUAACAUGCAUCCUUUGAGGUUUGUUUUGGUGGAGCUCAUGUGUAGCGUUAGCCUUUUGAUGAGAUUGUUUGUUUUAUGUUUGUGCUGCUUUCCUGCUCUAACAUGCUGCAUAGGGGAAGCGCAUGUUCCAAAAGUUUUCAACAAAAGCUUGUGUUGUUGAACCGUAAGCUAAACAUUUGUAUGUGUGUUUUCUGGCAUAUACAGUGCAUAUAAAAAGUCAGCACCAUCUGUUGAAAUGUCAGAUUUUUGAGAUUUAAAUAGAAUGAGACCACGGUCAGUCAUGUCAACGCCUUUUCCACCAUUAAUGUGACCUAUAUAUAUAUCCUGGGCAACUCAAUGGUGAAUAAAAGGUCGGUAAAAAGAAAGUCUGAUAUUAAAUGUGGUGGCACAAGUGUGAGCGACCAUUUAGAACUGGCCAUUUGUGUUUUAGCUCAUAUCGCAGUUAUUUAUUUUUACUAUCUCCAAAUAUUUUCUUGUUCAAUGAAGUUGAACUGCUUACAGCUGUCUUGGUCUCAUUU